CAAAAACAUGUGGGAAAAUUCAAGCAAAACUGAUUUUUGACCAUAUGGUUCCCGCACUCAGUUUCAAAUGACCACCUGAGCCAGAAACAAAGUUCGUCGAGCUUGCUUGUCCGCAACUGUAGCCUGCUGAUGUGGCACUUGGUCACGACGGCGACAUCGAAUGUCAUCAGAUCAUGGUCGCGCAGAUAAUCCUCCGCUUCCCGCCUGUAGGCCAACUCUCCCUACUGAAUUAUCUCUGCAGAUUUUCUACCCAACUUCACCUUUGUCUGGAGAACAAUCUGAGGAUAUUGCGCGGAUCUUUGGGCACAAGAUCUUUGGUGUGACGGCGAAGGUGACGUCGCAGAAGAUGAUGGUUUGGUUGUUGUCGAGGUGGCACAAUAUCUCAGAAGGUCUCUCGGUCACUGAUGAGUGCGGGAUGUCGUAGCCAUUCACCCCAAACAAGAGGAACUGCCCAAUGGUGAAGACAACGGUGGUAGCCUGUUGCUCAAGACCCCUAGUUCGUUCCUCGUACUCGUCUUCUCACCACGAUCGAGCGGAAUCCAGUACCACUCGGCACCGUAAGAAACGGAGCAUAGAAUCUAUGCCAGCACAUUCCAAGUACACCUGCCAGUAUAAGGGAACCGCUGCAAGCUAGGAUUUUGGAGGCAGAGCGAACAAGCACACUAGAUUACGCAGGAUGUUACAGUGGUAGUCUUAUAUGAUUGUAGUAGGCCUUAAUACACGAUUCUAAGGG